AUGGAUCACAACUCGCACUCAACCGAUGGACCCAAUGGUGAGGUCAGUGGCGACGCUAAACCAGAAGACAAAUCAGAUGAUCAAAAUACGAGUCAAUUGAAUGCAAACAAAGAGACUAAUGAGUGCCCAAUGGAUCCAAUGGAUGGCAAAGACAACACAAGCGAUGCCAUCGAUGCCAACACAACGAGUGACACAAAGACUGUGAAACCAUUGGACACAACGAAAUCCAAACUCGUAGGACCUCCUAAACUACUGCUGGAGGAAGAGGACAAUCUGUUGAGUUAUGAUCCGACGCCCAACACAUCCUAUCCAUCGAUUAAAUGGCAUUCUUUACAACAAUUACAACAACGAGAAUACGGGAAACUAAUGAGGCCGGGAAACAAGCGUCCAAUGAAUUCAUAUGAAUCGCAAGCGUUUCGCAGAUAUGCUUACAAUUCGUUGUAUUUCUUCCAAAGACUUGAAUUAAUGGCCAAAUUUGAAGAACACAACGGUUGUGUGAAUUGUCUCAAUUUCAACAGUUCUGGUGACCGACUCAUAUCAGGCAGCGAUGACCUGCGAGUGGCCAUUUGGGACUGGCAGAAGUCUACACUCAUUCAUAAAUACCAUACCGGUCACACAUCCAAUGUAUUUCAGUGCAAGUUCUGCGCUGAUGGACACCAUAUCGUGAGUUGUGCCCGCGAUGGACAGGUCAGGAUCUGCAAUGUGCACCGGAUUGGCAGCACUGUUGUGUCCAACAAACUGGUUCAGCAUAAGGGCGCCGCACAUAAGCUCUCUCUGACGGCACCGCAAGUCAUACUGAGUUGUGGCGAAGACAGCGUUGUCUUUGAGAUCGAUCUCAGAGCAGACAAACCCACGAAACUAUUGAAUGUCAAGAAUGCCAAUCAACAGAGAGUACCCCUGUAUUCGGUCCAUUCAAAUAUGGUGUUCAAUCCGUUGCAGUUUGCGGUGUCGGGUAGGGAUCCCUUUGUUCGCGUAUACGACCGAAGAUUUCUUCCAAAUAGUGAAGCGAAUGGAACUGUAGCUCCAGUGCUUAGCAUAUGUCCCGAGAAGUUGAAGCAAAGCAAGCAUUCGGUCACUUGUUGUCAGUAUAGCUCAACGGCAGACAAACUGUUGGCCACUUAUAAUGACGAAGACAUCUAUACUUUUGACGCUAAAACUGGUUUAUCUGAGACCCGAUACAGUGGACAUAGAAAUAACGCUACCGUUAAGGGAUGCGCCUGGUUUGGGGACCAGUAUAUUGUCAGUGGCAGUGAUGAUGGAUAUGUCUACGGAUGGGACUCACAGUCGCAACACAUCGUUAUGUCUCUAUACGCCGAUGAGAAUGGAGUUAAUAUGUGCUCUCAAGCCUUAAAAGUGUGCAUUUGUUGGCAUAAACGACAGGAAUUGGUUGAAAUCAUACAAAUCCAUGCAAUCAAUCUCUGCCAUAUCUGA